UGUUCGCACGGGGAACAUCGCUCGCGUAUCUUCAUCAAGGCCCACUUCAUCAAGGUCCGACGAUCCUUGGGCUUUUCACUGACGGAAGUGCCGCACGACGUAAAAUUGUGCUUUCGCAAACGCGAAUUUCUCACCGCUCGAAAGUGAGAAAAGCGAUCGAUCCUGCACGCAGCCAAACGCGCUCGACUAAAUGAGAGUUCCUCGCGACUGAUACGUAGAUACUCGACCCGUCCCUCCUUUUUCCCAUCUACCUCCUUUUUUCUUUAUUUUCUCCUCCCUUCAUUCACCUGUCCGCGACGCCGAUCGCGAGCACACAGUCCACGGACGUUUCGUAAUUACUCGGGGAAUGGACAUGGCCGACCGUUUCUGGAGACUGGCCCUGUGCUGGAUAUGCAUCGUCGGACUUGCACGCGCCAACGUGCAAAGCAAAGUGAGAUGUACCGAACAGAUGAUGGAGGUGGAUAUAGUAAGGAGUAGCCCGCAGGCAAAGAUAUAUCUUCAACAAUUUAAACAUUUUCCAGACGAGGCUUGUAAACCGCAACUUCACGACGGCGUUGCCACGUUCAAAUUAUCGCUACUGGAGCAAGACAUGUUGCGGUGCGGCAUCACAAGAGUUCUCAAUAAAGUUACAGGCCAAAAGAUGUACUAUCAUCGGGUAAUCGUGGAGGAGCCUGCAGAUUCCAGCAAGCACACGUUCACCGUAAAAUGCGUGAUUACCGAAGUUGUCGUGAAGCCAGAAAUCGCGGCGAAUCACACGGCUGUACGGCGGAGCGUUCUUCCAGCGGGCUUUCAGGAACCUGAAGUAAUUGAUAUACGUGACGAAAUCUCGGGAGCGGCACCGGUUCCGAUCCUCGGUGUCGGAGUAAGGCAGGGUGGAACUUUGGUAACCGGUGAACUCAACGUUAGUCCCGGUACGCCGUUGCAAAUGGAAAUAUUUCUGGACAAUGAUUCAGCGCCGAUCUAUGGCCUGUUAGUGACGUACAUGCUGGUCACCGACACCAAGACUCAGGAGGAAACAAUCAUCAUUAACGGAUGCUCCGUUGAUCCUUACUUGUUUGAAAACUUCAACACUGUGGACGGCGACUUUUUGACGGCGAAAUUCCGAGCUUUCAAGUUUCCGGAAAGCACUUACGUCCAGUUCCGCGGUACCGUUAACGUUUGCUUGGAUAAAUGCCCAGGGAUCGAGUGCAGCAACGGCCAAGUCGGUUUCGGCAGAAAGAGACGAGCCAUUGAAAUGUCCGGCACCGACAAGAACAAAUUGUUCGAGGUAACCAUGUCGACGUUCAUCAAAGUCGAUGAUAUGAUCGCGGACGAUGUUACGAUCGAUCAAGUGCUCUCGGAGUUCAUCAGAAAGGGGAAAAACAGGACGACCACAAAGGAGAGGGCAGUGAUCGCAGAAGAAGUCAGGGAGCAGUCCGGCCCGACGACAAUUAGGACACACGAGAGAGCGUUUCUCACGGAGGAAAUCAAGUUUAAAUACAAGGUUACCGACAUGGUACUCAAUCGCUCCUCGUGUAAUACUCUAAGUUUGAAUCUCGUCUUGCUCCUACUCUGUUUCUACAAACUCCUAUAGAAGAUGAGAUUUGUGUUUCCUGACAAAUAAUUGCUAACUGUAUAUAAAGCGCAACCUAAACCAUGUUAAAAACGUGAAAGAAAAUACGAAGUAUCGCUUCUGAGAACGAUAGUUAACUUGCUCACUAAUAAUCGGGACUUUUCGAUCAUAAUAACAGCGGAUCACGGUGCUUACGUAUACUCAAUAGUGAUCAUCGACUGUAUAUAGUCAAAAUAUAUUUAGAAAAGCAUUGGAAAAGAAUUGAAUUGUAACGUUAACGUUACAAAGUAGCGCAAUUUCCGUCCUACGAUUUAAAACAAUGCAAAAUUGCCGUUUAUACAAAUACUUUCUAUGUGAUAUCGAGAUACAUUUACAAGAAAAUCAAAAUUGAAUGACAAAUAAAAUUGUCGAAUUUGAAAUUUGUGAAGAGCUUAAAAAAUGAAUUAACUAUCUUAGCGCUAAUAUAGUAACAUGUAAAAUUUCUCCGCUCUGCGACCGCCGAAUUUUCAAUCGUGAUGUUUCAAUCUUUAGUUUUAGUUUUCAAUUUUUACUGUUUCCAUUACACAUUGUGAGUAACUGCCGAUAGAAUAACUGCUAAAAGAAAAUUGGCCUUUGCGAGUGGAGAAAGCCGAAAACCUAGUCGUGCGACGAGGUGUAAUAAUGCAAUGCAACUUAAUUAAUUAAUUAAGUAAUUAUGAAUUGCGUAUUCGUAAUCUCAGUCUAAUUAUUACGUUAAAUAAAUGUAAAAUACUUAAAUAAACUGACUGCUGAUGUGACAGCGA